GGAGGGGGCGCCUCUGUGUUCCCUGAGGCACCACCCUGCCCCCGUGCGGCCCAGCCGGGAAGGUGGCAGAGGGGCAAGCGGCCUGGCUGUGCUGAGAUCAACGCGGAAAGAUGGCCGAGCUGUGCACUCUUCCUGGAAAACCAAAAUGCUACCCACUGCACUCAGUGGUCCUUCUGACAAUUCUCAUCUUGGCCUUCUUUGGCUACGGGUUCCUGAGCUCCAGACACCUGAUGCCGGCAGGCGUGAGAGCUGGUCACAGUGUCGCUGUUAGAGACCCUGAUGGCUGGCAAGUUGUCACCUUGUCCAGGAUGUUGUAUCCCCAGCCAAUGGUGCUGACUCCCUCGAGGAGUGAUGCCCUCACUGUGACCCCCUGGCUGGCUCCCAUCAUCUGGGAGGGGACCUUCAACAUUGACCUCCUGAACGAGCAGUUCUGGCUACAGAACUUGACUGUCGGACUGACUGUGUUUGCCGUCAAGAAAUACAUGGUCUUCCUGAAGGCGUUCCUGGAGACGGCAGAGCAGCACUUCAUGGUGGGACACCACGUCACCUACUAUGUCUUCACUGACCGGCCAGCCGACGUGCCCCAUGUGCUGCUCAAGGAGGGCCGGCAGCUGGUGGUCCUCUCCGUGCGCAGCUAUGCACGCUGGCAGGACGUGUCCAUGCACCGCAUGGAGAUGAUCAGCAAUUUCUCAGAGCAGCGCUUCCGCCACGAGGUGGACUACCUGGUGUGUUCUGAUGUGGACAUGAAAUUCUGGGACCACGUGGGUGUGGAGAUCCUCUCCCCUCUGUUUGGCACCCUGCACCCUGCCUUCUACACAGCCAACCGCAAGGCCUUCACCUAUGAGAGGCGACGGAGGUCCCAGGCAUACAUCCCCUGGGAUGAGGGUGACUUUUACUACAUUGGGGCCUUCUUUGGGGGCUCAGUGGCUGAGGUGCAGCAGCUCACCAGCGCCUGUCACCAGGCCAUGAUGGUUGACAAGGCCAAAGGCAUCGAAGCUGUGUGGCACGACGAGAGUCACCUGAACAAGUACCUUUUGCACCACAAGCCCACCAAGGUGCUGUCCCCUGAGUACCUGUGGGGUGACUGGCUGCUGGACUGGCACCCAGUCUUGAAGAAGCUGAGGUUUGUAACUGUGCCCAAGAACCGCCAGAAAAUUCGGAAUCCAUGA